UGAGGAAUUCAGACAGUGUUUAGAGAGUGAGAGUUUUAGGAGGAGAACAAGGUGUAAUUAAUGUAAAACCUGAUCUACCUCGGGUUCGCGUAUCGCAGCGAAGGCAUCUUCAAGAAGCCGGGUAAUUAAGUGCGGUUUUGCUUUGGGACGCACCUCUGGAGCACACGGAAACAAGUGGGAUUUGAGGGGGGGGAGGAAGAGGAAAGGGAAAAUCGGUGUUGCUCAGAGAAGUUGCGGAGCGGAGGAAGGCGCGUACCCAGAGCGGAGCCUGUCUGAGGGGCACUGAAGCAGCAACACAAAGUUUUCUGGGCUGCUGACGGGAGAGGUCUGAGAGGACGGUAGCCUGUACGAUACGGAGGGAUCUGGUUUUCAAAAUGGAAUUGCAGUUCGCGCUCCUUUUUGCAGGGAUAAUCGCGUUCUCGGACUCAGCCAGAGGCCCCCCAAGGAUUGCGGAUAAAGUGAUUCACCGUCAGUCCGUGAGGCUAGGGAGGACCAUCAAGCUCCUGUGCCCAGUGGAGGGUGACCCCCCGCCUCUCACCAUGUGGAUGAAGGAUGGACGCACUAUUCACAGUGGCUGGACAAGGUUCCGAAUCCUUCAGCAAGGUCUGAAAAUCAAGGAGGUGGAAAGCGAAGAUGCGGGGACCUACAUCUGCAAAGCCACCAAUGGCUUUGGCAGCACCAAUGUGAACUACACCCUCAUCGUGAUUGAUGAUGCCAGCUCAGGAAAGGACAGCCAGGUACCUGAAGGCUCCAAUGGAGAAUAUGAAGAUCAUUCAGGGAAGCAAUGGGCCCGGCCCAGGUUCACACAGCCUGCCAAGAUGAGACGGAGAGUGAUUGCCCGUCCUGUCGGCAGUUCCAUCCGCCUGAAGUGCGUGGCCAGUGGGAACCCGCGGCCCGACAUCACGUGGCUGAAGGACAAUAAGCCCCUCACACCCCAAGAGAUUGGGGAGAACAAGAAGAAGAAGUGGACACUGAACCUGAAGAACCUGAAGCCAGAGGAUAGUGGGAAAUACACCUGCCGAGUGUUUAACAAAGUUGGAGAAAUCAAUGCAACGUACAAAGUUGAAGUAAUCCAGAGGACGAGGUCCAAGCCCAUCCUGACAGGGACGCACCCUGUCAACACGACGGUGGACUACGGUGGGACCACGUCCUUCCAGUGCAAAGUCCGCAGCGAUGUCAAACCCGUCAUCCAGUGGCUGAAGAGGGUGGAGUAUGGCACAGAGAGCAAGUACAACUCAACCAUCGACGUUGGGGGACAGAAGUUUGUUGUGCUGCCCACGGGGGAGGUCUGGUCCCGUCCUGAUGGCUCCUACCUGAAUAAAUUGAUGAUUACUCGAGCUAAGGAAGAAGAUGCAGGGAUGUACAUUUGCCUUGGCGCAAACACGAUGGGCUACAGCUUCCGCAGUGCUUUUCUCACAGUCCUGCCAGAUCCCAAACCUCCGAGUGCACCUGUACCCCCUUCCUCGGCCAGCAGCCUGCCGUGGCCCGUGAUCAUCGGCAUCCCUGCUGGAGCUGUCUUCAUCUUUGGGACAAUCCUCUUGUGGCUUUGCCAGACUAAGAAGAAACCCUGCUCCCCUCCAGCCGCUGCCCCCGUGCACCGGCCACAGCCUCGGGACAGGAUCUGUGUCUCCCAGGUCCCUGACAAAGACUGCAUCUCCUCCAUAAACUAUGAGGAAUAUGUUGCCCAACAGCAGCAUUUACUGUCCCAAGGGCCUGCACUUGCCCCUGCCAUGGCAUCCAAAAUGUACCCAAAGAUUUACACGGACAUCCACACCCAUACCCACUCACACGUGGAAGGCAAAGUCCAUCAGCACCAGCACAUUCAGUACCAGUGCUAAGAGGGUGGCCGUGUACAGUAGCUCGUUUGGGCUUUUCCUCGUGGUACCUCAGAAGAGACUGCUCCAAGUCAGCUCACACUGCCAGCAAUAGGCAAAGCAGACAGAAAAGAUUAUAUAUAUAAUUUUAAAUAUAUAUAUACAUAUAUAUAAUUGUAUAUGCGUGUGUAUGUGUGUAUAUAUAUGUGUAUAUAUCUAUAUCUAUCUAAAUAUAUAUAUAAUAGAGAAAGACAGAGAGAGAAAAGAGAUUUUUUUUUUGUUUUUAAUUAUUGCAAUCAGGAUGUAGCCGAGGAAUAAUGAAGGAACUCCAGAUCUCAGCAGAGAGGCAGCCAUCUCCAGCAGCAGAGCCUUCCCAGAUCUCGUCAUCAAGGUGGCAACAAGUGAGACAGGAUACAGGGACGUGAACAAUCGCCUCCUUCCUCGUGUUGCUAAAAAGAGCAAGAAGAGCAAGAGGUGACCGUGGUGCUUUUCUGGAUGGGCACUGCUGUUCCUGUGCCUGUUUCACGUCACUUGUUUUGGUGGGAAGCCCCCAGACCUUUCCCGCUCAAAGUGACUGAGGUUUAGUGCCAAAGCACCAGGAGACGUAACCAGUUCUUUUCUUCCAGGGGAAAAAUAUAACACAAGAGAACAUCUAAUUUCUAUUCACAGCGUGAAAUGCCGAAUGCUUCUGAAUCAUGGUCAUUUGGUCUGAAACACUAACCAAGCUGAUUGGCUUGAUAUCUGCAAGGUGAAUGCAUUGUGAUUCCCAUGUGGUGUUCUGCAGAUCAAACCACAAUUGCUCCAAUCCCCCAGUCCUAGGACUCAGUGCCACUGCCAGGAAAAAGGAAAGAAGGAAAGAGGAACAUUGUACAGAACACCUUUAUAUUUAUAUUUAAGAAAUAAUAAUAAUAAUAAUAAUAAUUGAACUGCUGAUGGUGAAGAAAGCAAAACACACUGUCCUCUGAUGGCUCACAGUGACAAGCUACUGGAUUUUCUACAUCAAUGCAAAACACAUGAAAACAUUAGGAAAAAAUAAAGUAAGAAACAAAGAAAAUGAAAUAAUAACCUUGUAGGAAGCAAUGAAUUUGAGAAAUAUUCACCGAGGUUGUGUGUGGUUGUCCCCUCCCUUCAGAUAACAGUUUGCAAAUGAUACAGCUUCGUUGCAGUUCAAACAACAGUAAAAACAGAAAGAAGAGAAAAUAAAUAAGGAGCAUAUUAAAUACCUUUAUGGACUGGAGAUAAAUCCAAUUGCAAAUAUAAAACCUUUGUAAUUCUAUAUAGAGUUUAAACAGAAGUCAUGUAUAUUUAAUUUAUUUUGUUAAACAAGAAAAAAAAUGUAUGAUAUUUUCCUCAAAACAGGCAUUUCUAUACGUAUUUUUGAUCAAAGAAAAUAAAGAUUUUUUUUUUUUUUUCCAGGUUCUAUAGAUACCAUGCUCAGAAUACGCUCGAUGUAGCAUGUGACCAACUGUACUUCUCCCAACCUGGAGGUCAUCUAUCUCAAUGCCUUUUUAUACUAUCCAUGUGUAAUCUCCUGACAUCAUCUCAGGUACCACUGGUGCCAUCCUUGCCAUCUGAUCUUUUCCACUGGUUAUAUUCUGGUUAUGAGGGUCUGCAGUGGCCAGAUGACUUCUCAUGAACCCCUUGUCAUCUUCAGCAGCAAAGUUCUCUGCUCACAGGGAAAUCUGUUUCCCUAUGCUUAUUUUGGGGGGGAGAGAAGGAGAUUACUUUUUUUUUUUCCAAGCACAAACUUCCAGUGGGGUUUCUUUUUAAAAGCAAAUUCUGUAAAUCAAAAUGUAAUAAUUUGUGUGCCUGUAAAAUGAACUUUGGCCUCAGGGUGCUUGGGAAGGGGGAAAUAUGAAAUGCAAGUGAAACACUUCAUUUCUAAAUGCAGCUGCUGAAGGAGCCAGUGAAAGGUGAGGUGGGUGCAGUAAGAAGAGCAUGUGGGGAGCUGCUCACACCAUCAUUCUGCUGCAAGCUAUGGAGAGGCACCCAACUCUUUAGUGGACAAAAUGUUCUUUAGAGAAGGCAGGUUCAGCAAUGCUGCAAGUGUUUACUGUUCACUUGCAUCUCACUUCAAGUGUGCUGGUAAAAAAACCCUGAAAAUAUGAAAUGUGCUAAUUUUUAAGUUUGAAAUUAUUUCCUUCUCAAAGGCUUUUCCACGAGCGGGAUCCUCAACAAACCAGCUGCUCCAUUUAAAAGUGAAACACUAUUUAAUUUGAAACAAAACAACGCUUUGCUUUUCUCUAAAUGUUUCUGAAGGUAUUUGCUCUGGGUUGACCUGCAGUGAUUUUUCUGCUGGCUUGUUUGAAUGAGCAGCAAACCAAACAGUUCCUUGUUUGCUCAGCCGCAGCGCUGUGAGAUGGGGCCCUGAUUCAGCAAAGCUCCCGAUUCACUUCACCAAUAAAUGCUGCUCCAAAAAGUCCCUUUUUUUGCCUUAGCCACCUGGGUCAGUGGCUCCAUCCCUGUCCACUGUACUGGUGCUGGCUGGAGCCAUCCAUAACUCUGGGAAAAAGGAAGAGAAGGAGAAAAAGAAGGAAAAGGAGGAGGAAGAAGUAGAGGAGGAAGAUUUUCCUACACAGAGUUUACCAACUGGCACUGUUGCAAUACAUCACUGCAUAGCACACUGCUGCUUUCCUGACUGCUGUAGUAGGAAAUCCAUGUUAUAACCUCUACAGGAAGACCAUCUUCAGGGAUGAUCUUCCUGUAGAGGUUGUAAUAAAGCAACCCAUUGCUAUGUUUGUUUAUUUUUUUCUCAGCAGGAGGGUUCAGUUACACUUUGUUAACACAAAUUUAUGAAGUUCAUAAAGGCUGAAUUUUAUGCAUCCUCUCAGCUUCAGGGAGACUUAAAUGUGAGCACUGAAGGCUCUGGAUACAAGGCAUGAUUUAGGCAGGAGUUCUUAAUGGCUCUAGCUUAUUGAGUCAUUUAAUUAAAAAAAAAAUAAAAGCCUUUAUACACUAAGUGCAUCACUUUUAUUUUAAAGAGGCAGUAAGUGGAUGUUUUCAUGGGAGAUACUGAGGGUUACAUCUCAUAUCUCAUGCCUAUGAGAAGCUACUUGCUACAUCACAGUACUUCUCAAGCUGCUGCACAUUUGAGCAGCAUUAGAGGCAUGGCAGAGGGCAGGAUUCACCUGUAAGCCUAUGGGCCUUCUCUGCUCUCUGUGCCAGUGCUGCAGAGAGAGGACUUUUCUAACACAUCCCGCUUCAAAGGUGGAGGUGAACACUGGUUUUGCAUGGUUCAGCCUUAAGCAAACCCUAAGACACACGGCACUUUUUCAGAUGGCAGCUAUGUCACUGACCCUCAGAGAGAGGGGUUUUGGGUUGAAAGAAGCAAUCCUCCAUUUUCCAUACAGCACAGUCUUCCGUGCUGAGCAUAAUGCUCUCCACCAGUACCCUUUGUGAUCCAGCUCCAUAGUGUUGUAUCACACAGCCAAAAACUUCACAUAUUACCAGAUGGCUCAACUGGAAGGAGUGUCCUCUUGCUGCCCUUUAAAGCUCCUGCCUUUAGAGACAAAUAUCUAGUGAUGCUGAUAGAGAGAUCUCCAAAGGCAAACAUUGCAGUAAACCACCCAGCAUGAACGACACAACAGCCCAGCACAGCGGCAGCUCUCAACCAUGGCACUGAGAGGACAGCUCUGGUUCUGGAUGUGCCAUAUGAAGUGAUACAGAGGUCUUGAUUUUCAGAAAGCAUGGGGGUUUCCUCCUGCCUUGCAUAACAGCUCCUUCUUUGAGCAUCUCCUCUUGGGCACCCAAAAUGGUGUGAAAUUUCCUCCUAGGAAAAUAUCAUCAUAUCCGCUGUUUAAGAGGGGCUGUAUACAUUGUUUGGACCUUGCACUGGCUUGCUGUGCCUGGGUGGGAUUUGCAUUUCUGAGGAACUAUUUUGCCUUCACAGUGUACCUGUAAGUGCUCUUAAGAGUCACUCUGUCCCAUGUCCUACUGCAUGCCAUUUAUUUUUAGGGCUUGAUUGUGCCUUGCAUGUGCUGCAAAGUCUUCCUUAGUCUAAAUAAAUUCAGCCAGGUCCUGUUUGUGUUUAAAUUCAUUUUUUCUUCAAUGGGACAAGAUUUGGACUCAUCUUCACACAUGAACAGAGUGUGUUUAAAGAAAACUAUAGUCUUGCCAUUAGCUACUGACUAUUUUGUACACAGAAGUUUUAUUUUAUAUGUAUACAUAUACAUAUAGGCAUAUAGAUGUACAUGCUGGGUUGUGAUGCAGAAGGCAGUUAUACUUUUAAAGCAAUGGGACUUCAAAGAUCAAAAGAAUUUUGGGCUUAAAACUCACCUUCUUUGUAUAUUUUAUUUGCAUUACUGAUCAAACAUGGCUUUACAUGCAAAUUUUUGAACUUUGUAUGGACAAUCUUUGUACAAUCAAUCAGCCCCUUUCAAACUGAAAACUUUUACCAGGCAUUGAAAAUAUAACGGAUUAUGUGAUUUUCAACUGGUGACAAAUAUGGUAACCGAACACAUCAAAAUGAGACAGGACAGCAGAGCGUGUCUAUGUCUGUGGCUGUGUAAUAAAAACUGCAGAAGAAAAGGAAUAAAAGCCUGGAAUUGUGUUAAUAGA